AUGAAGCUGCUCGCCGCCAUCACUGGGCUCGUUGUGGCCGCCGAAGGCGCCGCCAUCGGCAAUGCGAUGGAUGUGCGGAAUAUACUUCAGUCGGUCCUCAGCGUAGCCCAGCCGCGACCGUUGAAGUCAUCGAAACCACCGAAUAUCCUGUUCGUAAUCACAGACGACCAAGAUCUACAACUAGAUUCCAUCUCGUAUACGCCGCACAUCCUGAAGCACAUGCGCGACAAGGGCACGUCCUUCAGCAAUCACUUUGUGACCACUGCGCUCUGCUGCCCCUCGCGGGUCAGCUUGUGGACUGGACGACAAGCACACAACACUAACGUGACAGAUGUCAGCCCGCCCCAUGGUGGUUAUCCGAAAUUCGUGGACCGCGGAUUCAACGACAAUUUCUUGCCGGUGUGGCUGCAAGAGGCCGGGUACGAUACUUACUACACGGGUAAAUUAUUCAACGCGCACACCGUGGAGAACUACCACAGUCCCCAUGUCAACGGUUUCAACGGCUCCGAUUUCCUGCUGGAUCCAUUUACCUACUCCUACCUCAAUUCAACCUAUCAACGUAAUCAAGAUUCGCCCGUGAGCUACGAAGGCCAGCACACGAUCGAUGUUAUUACUGGAAAAGCCUUGGGCUUCUUAGACGAUGCCCUAGAAGGGGAUCGGCCUUUUUUUGUCGCGGUCGCCCCCAUUGCUCCCCACUCGAAUGUAAAUCCAAUCGCGCUGGAACAUCACGAUUCAGUUGUUAUGGAUGCCCCGAUUCCAUUGAAACGACAUCGGCAUCUGUUUCCGAAUGUGAAGGUGCCUCGUACUGAACACUUCAACCCGGAUGAGCCUAGCGGAGUCAGUUGGAUUCGUGAUCUUCCACAACAGAAUCAAUCGGUGGUUGAUUAUGGGGAUUUCUAUUAUCGCUCGCGCCUGCAAGCUUUGCAGGGUGUUGACGAGCUAGUGGAUUCGCUUGUUACUCGCCUGGAAGACAGUGACCAGCUGGACAACACCUAUAUUAUCUACACCUCCGACAACGGAUUUCACAUUGGGCAGCACCGGUUGCCACCAGGCAAGACUUGUGGCUUCGAGGAGGAUAUCCGGGUCCCGCUUUUCAUCCGGGGUCCGGGUAUUGCAGAGGGAUAUGUGCAAGAUUCGGUGACUACGCAUAUCGACCUCGCCCCGACCAUCUUCAAUCUCGCUGGCAUUCCCCACCGUAAUGAUUUCGACGGAACCGCCAUUCCAUUGACUCCUGACUAUGCGGGACCCCGACACGAACAUGUUACCGUCGAGUUCUGGGGUAAGUCUGUGUUCGAAGGUGACUUCAGUCAGAUCGGCGUGGACGGUAGCAUCUUCGUGCCAAAUAACACCUAUAAGUCGGUUCGCCUAUUGGGCGAGGACUACAAUCUGUAUUAUUCCGUGUGGUGCAAUAACGAGCACGAACUUUAUGACCUUUCAACCGAUCCAUACCAAUUGCACAACCUUUACCCUAGUGGCCCUGUUCUUGACGAGAUCGAGCCUCAGCUUUUAGGUCGAACCCUGUCACAAACUAUCAGCCGACUUGAUGCUCUCCUACUCGUCUUGAAGUCCUGCCAAGGGCUUACUUGCAUUGAUCCAUGGAAGGUGCUCCAGCCUCAGCACACAAUUCAUACCUUGCGGGAUGCUCUCGACGAGAAGUACGAUCUGUUAUACCAGGAACAGCCUCGAGUCUCGUUCGACUGGUGCGAUUCCGGAUACAUUAUUGAGGCUGAAGGCCCUCAAGUACCGUUGACAACUCGACAUGGUCUUCCGUGGCAUGUCUGGGUGUAA